AACCAGAGAUAGCAGCCACAGACCCAGAGAUAACAGCCCCAGACCCAGAGAUAACAGCCCCAGACCCAGAGAUAGCCACCCCAGACCCAGAGAUAACAGCCCCAUACCCAGAGAUAGCCACCCCAGACCCAGAGAUAACAGCCCCAGACCAAAAGAUAACAUCCCCAAACCAAGAGAUAUCAGACCAAGAGAUAACAGCCCCAGACCCAGAGAUAGCUGCCCAGACCCAGAGAUCACAGCCCAGACCAAAAGAUAACGUCCCCAAACCAAGUGAUAUCAGACCUAGAGAUAGCAGCCCCAGACCCAGAGAUAACAGCCCCAGACCCAGAGAUAACAGCCCCAGGCCAAGAGAUAUCAGCCACAGAGAUAACAGCCACAGACCAAAAUAUAUCAGAACCAGAGAUAACAUCCCCAGACCCAGAGAUAGCAAUAGCAGCCCCAGACCCAGAGAUAACAGCCCCAGACCAAGAGAUAUCAGCCCCAGACCAAGAGAUAUCAGCCCCAGAGAUAUCUGCCCCAGAACCAGAGACAACAGCCCCAGACACUGA